UCCUCAUUUUGUCUCAGCGCGCGCAGGAUCGCCUCAGUUCUUCUCUCAUGGAUCAGCGCUGCGCUUCUGACUUCAGACUGGAGUAACUUUCUUCUUCUUCAUCAUCAUCAGUGACAGUCUCACCGAUGGAGGACAAAACACAAGAAGUGAAAGAUUCUCCGUUCUCCAUCAAGAACCUGCUGAACAAACCCGACAAACCCAGAGUUCACAUGAAUCUCCCGGAUCUCAGCUUCCUGCGGCUCGCCCCCUGGAGCUGCGCGAGCGGACACCCGAACACACCCGCGGCAGCGGGUCGAACCAGAGAAGCGGAGGACCCGGAUCCUAAAGAGGAGGAUGAGGAGGUUCUUCUGGAGGACUCGGACUCAGACGAGCAGAAGAAACUCUGUCGCAAGAAGAAGACCAGGACCGUGUUUUCCCGCGCGCAGGUGUUCCAGCUGGAGUCCACCUUCGACCUGAAGCGCUACCUGAGCAGCUCGGAGCGCGCGGGGCUCGCGGCGGCGCUGCACCUGACCGAGACGCAGGUCAAGAUCUGGUUCCAGAACCGCAGGAACAAGUGGAAGAGACAGAUCGCCGCCGAACUCGAGGCCGCGAACCUCAGUCACGCGCAGAGGAUCGUGCGCGUGCCCAUCCUGUACCACGAGCACGCGGAGAGCGCGCGCGCCGCGGGUCUGACCUUCACGCGCGCACUUUAUUACCCGCAUUCGCUGAUCAGACCCGUGUGAGGCUCGAACCUGGUGCCGCGGCGCAGCGGUACGAGAGACUCAACCGGAACUAACUAACUAACCCAUGAGAGAGUUAAUCAUCUGAUCCAGGAGUUAAACUCUCAGUCAGGACCGAGCUAAAAACAGAAAGUUCGCCUUACAUAUUUUUAUUUUUAUUAUUUUAUUUUAAAUCUCGCUUUGCUGAGGAAGAGCACUUGGUUCAGCAAACGAUAGCUGCAGCUGUAUAUUAUUAUUAUUAUUAUUAUUAUUAUUAUUCCUUAUCUCUCUUUUCCGUCGAAAUGCCGCAGUAAAGUGAAUCAGUCUCGGUUCUUGUGUUUCAUGACAUUCAGUAAAAUAAGGGAAGGCUGGAAAAACAAUGUUUUAAUUUUUUUUUUUUACAUGCAGUCACAUUUCAGGACCCCAGUAUUGCUCUGAAUUUAAUUGUUAUUGACUUUAUUUCUCAGUCUGAAUGUUCACAUGCACUCGUAAAUAUACUAUAUAUAUAUAUUAUUGUCUGAGGAACGCCGGAAAAAUUUAAAUUAUGAACCAUGUUUGUGAAAUAAUCGGUGAAUUUGUCUGGGGUUUUAGAGGAUUUUUAUAUGAUCAUGAAUAAAUGUUCAUUAACUGAAUGUGUUAGUGAUUCUACAGAUGUGACUUAAUAAAGCGCUUCUGUUGUAAUUAUGAGCUCUUGUCAUCAACAUCAUUUUUCUUUAUUUUAUUUUAUUAUCUCAUUAUUUAUCUAAAAGAUAAUAUAGACAAUAGAGAAUAGAAAUCAGUGUUUU